AUGGCCGAUGACUGGCUGACUUCGCAAAGAAACAUCAGGCAGAUGGAUUGCGAGCAAUAUGACGUCCUCGAGGAUUUCGAAGUUAGAAUAACAAAGUAGUGUAGAGAUCAGAUGGAUGCGGAAAAUCACGGAAGUACAUAUUUUUUACGUGUUGAGCAAGUUUUUGCUAAGCGGAGUCGUUGAAUUCAGGACAUGCGAUCAUGGAUAUUUUAUGAUGUGAAAAGCAAUGAAAUCUCUCGUCUUGUCGCAACGAAACCGACUAACCUUCCGCUUAUACUACUCACUUCUUCUUGCUAGUCUUCUUCCAAUGAAUUGGAUACGACUCCUCGAGGGGUCAAUGGCGGGGGGAGAUUCGGAGAAGAACGGAAGUGUCGAAAACAAGAGGACGCACCUCCCGAAAUCACCUUGGCGAAGGCGCUAGUAACAUGAAAUAUGUUGUUUGUCAUGCUGGCCCCAGUCUGUCUCGAUUUUCGUGGUCUCCUCACCGAGUUUUUUGUCAAUCAAGCGGGCAGGAUGUAUGUUACGAGAGGUGGCAUUACAUAGGUUUGUGAUGGGAGAGCAAGAGUGAUAGAUUGGUGCGGAAACACGCGGUUGAAGCAAGUUGUUUGUGGGGCCUCCACUUUUCCAUUCGGUAAUUACCGUCCGUGAAAUGAAAUCUCGUAAGUAACGGAAGGGUAACUGUAGAUUAUUCAGCUGGACGGAAAGAAGACGUUAGUCUAAUUAUACGUUGAACGGGACGCAGAGAGGACUAACUAUUACCAGCCGGACGGAGGGUGUGAAUAGAGGCACGUAAAAGUGCAUUAUAGACGAAUGAAUCCAUGGCUCAUUGAGGGAGCAUCAAAAAAUGGGCGAGAAGAAGGGUGUCAAGAGAUGCACUUGUUCGUAUCAAGUGACUGCUCGAUGAGUUGCAUAUUGUGCGAAGAAGAAGAAAGCGAAGGACCUCUCUCCUCCGUCACCCCUCAUUUCCCACGCCGAUUUUAGGGCAUUGCAAGUUUAUUAAAAUUGGGAAUGGUAGAUUUGUAAAGAGUGGGAAAGAUGUUCACGAAUGAAGAAAGAAGAUUUGAUGUGGCAGGAGAUGGUCGGAUGAAAGCCGAUUAUCCACUGGGUCUCGAAAUCCAGAAUUUCUAAUACUAAAAAAGACUAUGAUGAUACUCUCCGUUUUUCCACUCGUUUGUUUGUCGCUCUAGACACUUGUUGAAAAGAAGACAUGGCCCAGAAUUGGCGCAUCUUUUAUAAAUGAAAUUUUGAAGAAGAAAAUAGAUCCGAGCGCAGAAAACAUUUAUUAUCCAUACACGACAAGAAGAAAAUAAAGACACCUGAUCACUUUUCUUGCAGCGUGCUCAAUGGAGUUUCGGAAAUGCUCAAAAAGAUUGCGAGGUCGAUGACUGAGAACGAACAAAAGAUGGUUUUGCAAGUGAUUCUCGCCUGUGCAAUCGUGUGCAAGCACGCAAAAAAAGCGGAAAUGAACGGAGACAUGGUGAAGGCGCUGAGAAUGAACGUCUGCGACAGACUUUCCGAGGUAGCCGAGUCGAAUGUCGAGCACCGUAUAGCUCAAUUUUUCAGUUUUUCCAUGCAUUCCCAGACCGAAAACCGCUCAAGGAAGAGAUUGAUGUCGUCAAAAAUACUAUUCUCAACUGCUAUGUCGAAGAGACGCCACGUGUCAGUGUCAUCCAAAGGUAUGAUGUGUGAUCGGGCGUGUCUCCUGUUACCCAGAGAAUUUCAGAUCAGAAGGCGAUAUUCCGGUUGCUCCAUUUGCCGUCGUCAAGCUUCUCGCCUCAAUCUGCCGAAUUCCGUCGCUCUAUCAGCUGCUCACCAUCACUAUUCAAUGGAGAGUUCAAGAAGAGAAAGAAGUUCAGAAAACGUGCGACACUUUGGAUGUGAGUUUUCCCCAUACUGUAAUAACUUAUAACUUCCGGUUUUCAGCUUCUUCUGGCUCCUCUCGCAUGGGCAGGAUGCUUUGAUUUGAUGUUCAAGACGAUCCGAACAGGAAUUCUGAAGUUGUCUGAAUUGGCAGACGAGACAAUGAUUCCGAUUACAGAGCUUGUCACUUGCGAACAGAUUAAAACUAAGAAAGGUAUGUGGAUCCGUCUCAUAAGCAAACAAUAGAAAUCGUCAUUUUGCAGGAGUCAAUUUCGGAACGACUCUUCUCACCCGCAAAAUCAGAAUCGUGCUGGACUUCCUGACGAAUCAGAUUGAAAGGGAAGUUUCUGAAACGAAAAGACCGGCUCCCGAAAGCAUCACUCUUCUCGAACGGUUCUCCGAUUUCGUCUCCGAAUCCGAUGACGUGGCGAAUCGUUUGGCGACGCCGCUGCUCAUUUGUGUGGAGAGAAAAAAGUGCAACGAAGAGACACUCGUCAAUAUGAUGAAGUCGUUGGCAAGAAUUGCACCUUUGCUCAAAGAGCCACAGACGUAUUUCUGGUAAGAUAAAAGAAAGGAAGCCAAGAUUGUUAGCCUCUCGUUUUAGGAGACUUCCGAAAUUGUUCGCGAGAAUGGAGGGAAGAACGCUGAGAGAUGCACUGAUGACGAUGGUGGAGGGAUUUGUGAAGUCUAAGAACCUGGAUCCGAGGACGAAAGAAAUCCUCCAUUUGCUCAGCGAAAUCGAUGCGUGGGACAAGACAAAAGUCGACGAGCCACACUUUGAACGGAGAUACGCCGCAUAUUCGGGUCUGACAACGAUCUGGAAUGAAGACGUUAAGACGGACCACGUGGUUCUCGCGAUGAUUCUCAGCUCUCACUUCCAUCUCAUUUCGACGACUUCGGAUCUCUCGCUUAGAAUGACUGCUGGUAAUAAUGUGAGAGCCAUGGUGCAGUACGCGGGAAGAACACUCCCGAUCGCUGAGAAAAGACUUUUCCUCGACAGUUAUCUCGGUCCAACUAUCAUCGCAUUCAUGAAACAUGCUGUCGAUGCGGUCCGGGAAGAAGCACUCAAUGCGUUGGGCGUGAUGACGAAGGGAUUCAAAGAGAGCCAGCAUUUGGCAGAACUUGACGCAUUCUCGAACGAAGACGAAGAGCACGAUUUCCUGAAAAACAUGAAUCACAUUCAGUUGUACAGAAGGCAGAGAGCCAUCAGACAACUAGUGGAAAGCAUGGAAAGUGGAGAAAAGAGCAUCUCAUUUAAUGCGAUGAACAAAUAUUUAAUUCCAAUGAUCCAUCCAUAUCUCGUUAAUUACUCUGCAAAGUUCAACGCGAUUUCUGACGAGUCACUCAGACUUCUGAAGAUGAUUAUGUCGAAGGCGCCAUGGGGAAAGUACUGUUCAUACCUGGAAAGUUGGUUGGCACGUGUGGAGAAAGCGACGUCAUCAUCGAAGGACGACGAAUUCACCGACAAAGCACUCGUUCGCAUCGUCGGUGCCGUCAUUGAGGCAUUCCAUUUUGACGUGUCACUGGAAGAAGGAGAACAAUUCGAAGUGGAAGGAAACGGAGACGAUGGAGAGGCGGAGAAAAGCGAGAAGCACACGAUUCUGCAGAGAAUCAGCAGAGUUAUCCUUCCUCGUCUGACUAAAAGUUUGGAUUCCCAGGUGAAAUGGAAAUCAAAGUACCUUCUUUCAAUUGUAUAUUUUCAGACUCAAGCAGUGGAGAGAAAUGCGAGAACCGCGGAGACGCACGCAACCGCUCUUCACCUGGAUAUCCAACGUGCUCCGAUUGCACUUGCGAUCGUCAAGUUACUGCAGAAACUGCCGGAAGCCGUGACUGGUCAGCAUCUUCACGGAGUGAUCCUGAAGCUGUGCAAUCUGAUGAUGACGCAUUCGUACGACGUGCGAGAAACCGCGAGAAAGACCCUUGUGCAGAUUGUGAAAUGUCUCGGACCGAAGUACCUCGCUUCCGUUAUCACAGAGAUUUCACUGACAAUGACGAAAGGAUUCCAGGUAUUUCAGUCUGAUCCAAUCAGAUGGACAACGUUCUUUUUCAGGUCCACGUUGCAAUUUACUCUGUUCACACACUCAUUGUUGCCAUGAGAGAAGUGACGAAGGGAGGAGACCUCGAUUCAGCGAUCAACGUGAUUGUCAAAAUGUGCAUCAGAGAUCAGUUCGCAGCCGAGGACAAGGAGAACGGAGCAGUGAAAGCGGAAUGCCCGGAAGCGAAAGGAAACAGAACUCCGGAAAUGAUGCAACACCUCGGAAGGAUUGUCUCCCCGGCCGGAAUCCAGAUGGUUCUCGCUCCUUUCCGGGAUGUUGUCAACGAGCAUCCAUCUGCAAAGGCGAUCCAACGGGUCUCCGAUCUUCUGUCAAAGUUUGCCGGUGGAUUAAAGGACAACGAAGGAUUGAACCACUCGCAACUGCUCACCUACAUCUUCAAGUCGCUCACAUCCGAUGUUCAGAAGCUGGUGGAUGUCGAGUCGAAGAACGGACAGAAGGAUGCAAAAGAGAAAGGCCGACGCCCUGAAAGCUGUCUCAUUUUGCCAGCUGCUCCUCAGAGGAUCGGAGCCAUGACGAAAGUAGUCAUUAGGAGUCGCGAUCACGUAUUCGCCGAGUUCUUCGUCCUGCUGUUUUCCUCUCUUCUGAAGGAAAAGAAGUUCGACCUGGCCGACGAUUCGAUGGUUUCCCGCCUGAAUCCGUUCGUCAAACUAAUUCUGGAUUGUUUCGAUUUCAAGUAUGAGAAAUUGAUUUCGUGUUCAAUGAGAGCACUGUGCUCAAUGAUCAAAAUGCAAUUGCCCGCUAUCGCUGCCAACUCUCAACGGGUCUCCGACACUCUUUUCGUGUUGCUCAGUGAUUAUUCGUCGAUCGGACAGGCAGGAAACAAGCCGGCCAUCGUGCAACUCAACCAACUCAUUUACAAGGGAUUCACCAACUUGAUCACCACAACUGGAAGUGAAUUUCUGGACAAUGACAAGCUGACUCUUCUUUUGGCAUACGCUGAAGCCGAUGUGCUGGAUCAACAUAAGCAGGCGACCAUGUUUUCAUUGAUCAAAGCACUCGUAAAGAGAGGAGUUCGACAUGAAAGAUUGGGAGAAAUUAUGGAUCAUCUGUCGGAAACAGCCAUCCGAUCCCCGUUGGUGAACAUCAGAGCACAGUGCCGGGAUACCCUUCUCGACUACAUUGGCGGUGCUUCGGAUGAGACGAAGAGUGUGGAUAAACACGUGGAAUUCUUCCUGGAUCAGUUGGAUUACGAGUACGAGACAGGACGGCUGAGUGCAGCUGAGAUGCUCGAAGCCCUGUUCAGCAAUCUGGUGGCGGUAGGCACACAUUACAAUUAAAAGUUAUGAACUCAAUUGUUUCAGAAGUCAUUGGCGCCUGUUCAUAUGUUGUGUGUCGUCAAAAUGGGCGCCGCCAUGAUGAACGAAGAUUCUCCGAAAGUGGCGAAUCACAUCGGAUUGGCACUUCGGCACCUUCUGGAGACGGUCGGAAAUGCACAGAGACAGGAGACGUUCGAAGUAAUCUGUCAGUGGCUGAAAACGGAGGACGAGAACGCGAAGGCUGUUGGAAUUCAGACGGCAGUUCAGUUGAGUUAUGUGGAGAAAGAAGCGAUGGUGCCAAAGAUUGGGGAAAUCGUUAAAAGGGUCAAAGAAACUCUGUUCGAUGAGGACGUAUUCGAAAAUAACAGGUAAUUGGACGCAUUUCGACAAUCAAGACAAAUAUUGAUUCGAUUUCAGUGAAACAACAAUCACGGUAUCUUUGAAUGGGCUCACUCGCAUCAUCUCGAACGCCGGAAAGGAUGCUCUGACGGAGUUUGACGCUGUCGACUUCCUCAGAUCGUCGGGUGAAUUGUGCAAAUGUGAAGAAUCCCUUGGAGUGAUGCUUGCCACUUCCACACUAAUUGGACAGCUUCUCGCUCAUCUGGAGACUGACCAGCUCCCUGAUGAUUUGGCCAAAGAAGUGUGUCUGUGGAUGAGCAGACACUUGAGACACGAGAAAAUGGACACGGCGAUGGGCGAGCAAGCUUCGAAGAACAUUGUGUUCCUCACGAAGCGAAUCGAUUCGGAAGCUUACCAGACGCUUAUUGGCUAUAUCGCGGCUGCGUGUCGGUACGAGAUCAAGCACCAAGUGAAGCAGACUCUCAAGGUAAUUUCAAUUCAGCUGGAAGACUUUUGGACUUUGCUAAUACACUUCCUUUCAGCGAAUAACUGUUUCAAACUGAUUGCUGCAUUGUUUGUAACUGGGGACCCGGAGAAGAACGCCAUCGUUCUCGAUGCCUUCAUGCCUCUUUUGGUGAGAGAAUUGAAGACUUCAGGCGACGACGAACUGUCGAAACUGACUCAAGAAGUGUGCGGUCUGAUCAAGAAGAAGAUCGGAGAGGAGGAGUACGGUACUCGCGUCGCCAAGUGCCAAAAGAGUGCUGCGGAAAAGAUCACGGACCGAAAGAGGAAGAUUCGUGAAUUGGCAGUGACGGCACCAGAAGAUGCCGCUGGUUUGAGACGGAAGAAGAAUAAGAAGAAGACGGAGACGCGGAAGAGAAAGUUGGAUCAGAUGAAGCCGUACAGAGCAGUGAAGAGGCGUGCGGCGGAGCAGAGAAAGGCUCAGCAGAAUGAGGAUGAUUAG